AUGCCCAAACAUCUAGAGAACUUUCCUUUACAUCCAGAACGAAACGAAAUCCGUCUCCUCACUAUCUUACCCAGCACAAAGGCUGAAUCCAUAAUCAGGUGCUCUCUCGAGUCUGUAUCACUGGACAAUAGGCCUGAGUUUGAGGCUAUUUCGUAUGUCUGGGGAGAUGCCUCGAAGAAGACAGAUAUAAUCAUCAAUGAUAUCCUCUUUUACGUGACACGGAGUGUGGAUAAAACGCUCCGUCUUCUUCGCCGUAAGUAUCGGCGACGAGUGGUAUGGAUCGACUUUGUCUGCAUCAAUCAGCAUGAUGUCCCUGAAAAGAACACACAAGUCCCAUUACUUGGGCGUGUUUAUGAAAGCGCGUCUGCGGUUAUUGCUAUGAUGGUGAAUAGUAACAUGGAUCUACGUGCUGCGAUUUCUUGGACAAAGGCAUGCGUGCCGGGCCGGAUCACUCAAGAAACUGGUGCAUGGCGUGUCCUGGACAAACUGAACAGAUACCGCCAGAGAGCUGAAGACCUAAGGGCGAUGCGGCUGCUCAACGCGUACGAACAAUUCCGACUCAUCAAGGAUGACCCUUACUGGACACGCAUGUGGACAUAUCAGGAAUACCAGCUGGCCAAUAGCUAUCCAACUUGCAUGAGUGGAACACUCACAUUCAAUGCUUACUCGAUGCUCGCAUUCGCCCGUGAGAGUCUAGUGCAGGCAUAUAGGAACGAUCAACAAUUUCAGGAGGCAUUUAGACGAAGGUAUGGUGAAGCAGAAUUCAGAAAGCUUUGGCUUCUUCGUGAGCCAACCGAGCGAUCCAAAAACGAGUAUACCCUAUAUCACUUUCAAAAGACAUGGCAUCGACAGUGCAAGGAUCCUCGAGAUAAAGUGUACGCACUUUACAGUCUGCUCCCUUCUCUACAAACCAAAUACCCGCCGGACUACAAUAAACCAGUUGAGCAGGUCAUGCACGAAACAACAGCAUAUAUCGUGACACAGAAAUGCCCCGGAGCUCUGAGCUCCUUCAAACUCUGGCAAAGGAAUCGUUCACCUGGUUUCUCAUCUUCUUAUCCGUCCUGGAUUCUCGACCUCGGUUGUGCCGCUGAAUCUCUGGAUGCCUUCUUCGGUGAAUAUGGCUGGUACUCAGACCCCACGGUUCCAUUGCCUACGACCACAGACGACCUGUCCACUAUGACAAUUUGUGCUCGUCGCAUCGGCUCCUGCUUCCCGGUUGUACAACUGGCCUCUACAAUGCCAGAUAUCAUCGAUCAAUUUGUUAGCAUUACAGAUGUACGCUAUGAUACCUGGGGGAGCUUGGAAUCCAGGCGUCUAAGUCUCGUGCAUGCGUGCCUGGCUUAUACUCAUCUUCACGGCAAAUUUACACUUAAUACAAGCGCCAAAAUAACAGAGACAUUCCAUCUUCUCCAUGAGAUUGACAUACUUCGCGCAAGCCGUGGUGGAAGGAGCUCUGUGAUGUUCUUCCGUCGAAUUCUGGGAAGAUUGUUUUCGGAGUGGAUGAUCCGAUAG